CCACAUGUUUAACUCUGCCAUUAAUGUGCCACGUUUUAUUUGCCUUGUGCCCACACACACAGGCUCGCAUGACAUCACCUUCUUUUGCUAUUUAUUUAGUUUUAUCCCUCACUUUUCCUGCACAUUCCGUGGUCUCUGCAUUCUGCAGGCGUCAAGCUACCCAGAGUCCAGCCACCAGGAUUUCAAAAUAAAAGCCGGGGACGCUGCCUGUAUUGCAUAAACGUCAAGGGUCCAGCAUGCCGAAGGAACAGCCUUGCUCGGGGGAGCACAGUUCUUGCGCUACAUCCAGCAAGAAUGCUAAAAACAAGAGCAACCGUAUGACUCUGCUGGCAAUGCGUGAUACCAAAGACGCAGACGACUCCACUGGGAGGGCCUCACGCUGCAGUUCAGAGAAAGACUCUGGCUACUCUGACGGGCAUCAGACAGAUGUGGAGGACCAGCAGAGCAACAAAAGCCAGUGCAGAGGUGGCGAGCGUGCAGAAACCUCACGGCCAGGACAAAAUAGAGAUCUUCGGCGAGAGGAUCCGGGGAAACCUACCCUGACGCCAGCAGACCGCGAGCUCCCACCCAUCUACAUCAUCAAUAACAUUGUGAUUAAGCAGCCGGACAUGAUCCAGAAAAGAGAUCAGCUGCCUGAGAGAAAUUCAAGCAGGGAAGACAGCAGUUCUGGUUCUGCCCAUAUGAUCCUCUUCCAGCAGCCUAGCACGUCGCCGGCCUCUCGUCAGCUCCACAAGCCCAUGUCCCGGAGGUCCAACGUCACAGGGAGGAAGAUAAAUGGCACUUACAUACCCAUUCUCAACUCCUACCCGCGCAUUGCCCCACACCCCAGCAAGAAGCCGCCUGAUAAACCACCAUCCAAUGAUGAAUCACAGAAUCUCAGCAAGAGAGUGUGCACAGAACACGAGGCUGAUGACACGCCUGUGAUCAGGAGUCUACCUGAGCAUCUUCAUGAGCAACCCAAAUUAGCAGCCUUAACCUCCAGGCUGCCAUGUUCCUCUUCAACCACAGAUGGUCCAUCCUCUUCCAGUCCCACUACUGUCUCCCUGAGCCAAAGCUCCCCGUCUGGUUCAGGUCCGUACGCCACCUCCUCCACACUCAAAACCAGAGGGCCUCACAGAAACGGCACCUCCAGAACUCGCCAACACCGUUUCCUCAACACAGUGGAGAUCCUGAGACAAUCGGGUCUGUUGGACAUAACGCUGCGCACGAAGGAGCUGCUGCGGCAGAGCAACGCCACCGAGCGAGACAUUGCCCAGCUCCGCCAGCACACGGAGCUGCUGUUCCGGGCCGUGAGCAACCCCGGCUGUACCUGGGGCGAUACCACAGCCUUCGAACAUCUACACAGAGCUAUGGCCGAGUCUGGCGGCUACCCAAACAUUAAAAAACUGCAAGAUUUUCAAAUUCCAUGCAAUCCAGAUUCUGCCAGUCAACCAGCGGGUGUUGCCACAGGCGACGCCGACGGGCCACCAGGUGCUGCGAGCUCGUCGUCUCGCAUUCUCACCACCAUACAAAUCUUUAACUCGGGCAUGGAGCUCAAUGCCGGAGAUACAUCGUCAGAGAAAGACACCUUUAUGCCUCCUGACAGUUCUACCGAUUAGCACAACCUGCAGUGCAUUCAAAGGUAGAGCGAGUACUCAGGGCUUUCUUUUUUAAUAAUAUGUGUGGCUUUAAUGGUUCAUCCCGGGUUAUUUAAACUUAGUUUUAUAGGGAUUGUGCGAAUGAUCCCCUCUGCGGGUCAAUGGGAAACCAGCAAUGACUCGUACUUAUUGUACAUGUUGCAGUACGUGUUUUGUCUGCAGUUUUUCACCAAAAUAAAGUGUUUUUGACAUCUGAAAGCUGAUUUCAUUCUCUCGAGUGCAAUUCAGUAUACCACUGCAGAUUUUUUUUAUAGAACCACUCAGAUGUGGAGAGGGUCUCUGCUUUCGAGCCACUUAAAGGAUUAUGUGAAAAUAAUAUGUGUUUCCCCGGGAGGCAGAGGAAAUUGGUUUACACACAGGGGGCAAUACAGUAUAUAUUACUACUUCAGUCGGUUGUUUCGUUCUCACACCAGACGAUAUAUAUGAAUAAAUCCAUCCCCCGGUAGAUAGAUGUUGUGGAAAUGCUUUCUUAUAACCUUCUGUAUGAGAGAGAGAGAGAGAGAGAGAGAGAGAGAGAGAGAGAGAGAGAGAGAGAGAG